AGUGACGUUGCUGGUAGCAUACACGUAGCCUAGUAGGAUGUGUUCAUUGAAUAUGGCGGCUGUGUUUCAGCCUCACUGUCCUGUACAUUUGUAAGAACUUCCUAUUUAAUCCUUCAUUUCAUCUUUUAUUUUAUCGUGAAGAGCCAAGUCUGAGCUCAACCUCUUUAGUGACGUCACUAUCGAGUGGCCUGGUCCUUGGACCUGUCAGAACUGCAGCCAUGCAGCCCCCUCCUCGGACCGGCCCCCCUGGUGCAUCCGGCCCCCCUCCUGCCGGCGUUGGGCCCAAUGCCUUCCGGAGGACAAGGCCCCACAAGCAUACAGGAGCAGCGGUCAUGGCGGGACUAACAGCCCAGCCCAUGACAGACCCCUUUGCAUUUGGCAGGCAAGCCCCUCCUCCUAUGGCUACAGGUCACCUGCCGCCACCCAAUAGCAGCCCUCUGCCUUUGCAAGCCCUGCCUCCCGGUAUGUACCACCAGGCUGGCAUGGGUCAGGGGCUGCACCAACCACAACCACUGGAUAGUGCACAGGCUGGGGCUGUGCCCCUUGGCCCACCACCGCCCUCUACCCCUGGGGUAAGCAUCUUAACCCCUCACGGUACUGCGUCCCCUGUCCCUUUCCCUGGGCAGCAACCUGGCCCGCCAGGCCAUGCACCACCAAGUGCAGAGCAGGGCUAUUUUAACUCUAGGGAGCCAGCACCCUCGAUGACCCCAGGACACCUUCCCAUGGCCUCAGCCCCUAUGUCUGGCCAAGCGCCUUAUGGUCAGGACCACGGAGGAGACCAUCACCCUCAGGCGAUGCCCUUUAAGCCUGUGCCUCCCGUUUUGUCUCAGUGGGUGCCCGACCAUGGGAGCCGCCCCCCGUCGGUUCAGAACUAUUUCCAACCCACUAGUGAUCCUCUACCCCAGGUUUGUAAUGCCCCUCCCCAGUCCCAAAUAUCUCCACACACACCCUUGCCCCACAACACCCCUCCAACACACCCCCAGCAGCAACACCAACCCCAACCACCACCUCAGCACCCAGACAGGCCAACUAGCUCCCAGUGGCCUGACCUGGCAGGUGCGAACACACCCCAGCAACACAACGCCCAUUUUCAGGCUCAGACCUACUUCAGCCAGAGCUCAGACACCCUGGACUCCUGGUUCAACCAGCACCCCCAGGACCUGGUCUACCACCAGAUGGGAGCUGGCCCUGGCCUGGCUCGGCCCGACUCAGCCAGAACUCACUAUCGGCACGACUCGGCCGGGUCUCACCAUGGAUCCCACUAUGGAUCUUACCAUGCAUCAACCCCUGGCCCAGCGCCGGUCCCCUUCAUCCCAGACGGCACCAUCUCCAUGUUUUUCAAAGGAAACGACGUGGAGAACGAGGAGACCCUCGCCGGAGAGGGAGCCAGAGCAGUGAAUGGGCUCCAGGACUUCCAGCCCUCCCAUAAUCACCAGCAGAUGUCAUCCCCUCAACCCCAAGCCAACCCGGUGGUGGGUGCAGAGGCCACCCACAGUUACCGUGGGCCCCCCCCACAAGCUGGCCAAUCAUUAACCUACAUGAACGAUGGUAACUUUCCUGGAGCUGGCAAACCCAUCCAGCAGAAACCUGCUGAGGCCCAGUUUGACCAUGUGGAGAACCUGGAGUGUGUGCCCAACCAGGAGGUCCUACCCAGCGAGCCCCAGAGCAACCCUGCUGUAGCAGCCGCCCACGGGGGAGAUUGCUACGAGGCAGGCCCCAAUCUGGAGACCCCCGACUCUGUCCCCCGACCCAUACGUUCUGCCAGCGUGUCCUCUAGCUACAGCAACUUGAGCCACGGCAGUGGCACAGUUCCACGCCGGCACCAAGGAGUGGUGGGCACCUUCAUCCAGCAGGAGAGCCCUCGGCCCUCAGAGGACGCAUUCUCCUCAGCUGCUGCUGGAGGCUACUUUGAGCAGAUUGACACCUCUCCGGCCGGGGAUAUGGCUGUUGCUUACCAGAGCAUCCCGGAGAGAAUGUGCCACAGCCAACCCCCUACGCCCAGUCCUCCCAAACCCACCGGCAUUUUCCAGGCUAGUGCCAACUCCUCCUUUGAGCCUGUGCGCUCACACAGUGUCGCAGUGCGCCCAGCGGAGGUGGACCGUGCCCGGAUGGUGGCAGAGAGGGGCUCUGACUCUCUGCCUGGGAACCUGGAGCAGCCUCCAGACAACCUUGAGAAUAUCUACGGAGCAGCUACAGGGCACACUCAAGCUGGGGAUGGAGCUGGGGCACCUCCUCUUGCAUACCCUCUGAGUCACUCCCACUCCAGGCCCUCGUCCCGGGCUCAUGUGGCCCACCGGCCCUGUGAGAGCCCUGCCACCACCCUGUGGGCCCAACAUGACCCCGCUAGCCUGGGAACCAACAUCCUGCUGGUCCCCGCUGCCCCUCCGGUCCUUGCCCCACUGCGAGAGCCCAGUGCCGAGGUCAUCCAGCCCCCCGAGGAUGGCUCUUUGGACCUUCAGCCCCCUCAACACGCCCCUCCGCCCUCCCAGCACCCCUCUGAGAACCUGGAGAACCCUCCUAAGGUGAGUGAGGGGGACACGUCUGACUCGCAGCCCAAUCUGGGCUAUGCCUCUCUCCUGGUGUCUGAAUCGCUCCACCAGCCCGUGUUGAUUGCCCCACCCACCUCCAAUUACAGUGUGAUUCCUCCCAGUAACCCUGCACUCGCAGCCAAUCAGGUCAGCCCCAGGGAGGCCACAGUACCUGUGAGGCCACCCUCGCAGGCUCAAGGGGCCAGUGCCGCACAGCCCGGUCCUCCCUUGCUCUCCAAUCAGAACCCAUUAUUUGCCCCUACACCAAUGAGCUUCAGCGUCGCCUCUAGUCAGAGCCCUCUCAAUCUUGUUCGGGAUGACAGGGAAGGGGUUAAACCAGAGAUCACGCCCCCACCAUCCCAGUCCCAGCCUGCUCGCUCCCCUCUCUCAAAGGUCCAAUCAACGUGCAGAAACAACCAUUCUUCUCUACCUGUUAAUUUGCAGGCUCCUCUUCCUGCUGCUCCUGGUGCCGCCAAUUAUAAUCAGCUCUCAAAUUACGAGCUGCUUGAUUUUUCUAUGCACCAAUCUCAGAUCCCAAACCAAGCCGCAGGGCUGCCACCUCUCUCCCUCCAGCAGGGCCUGCCCCUCGCGAGUAACGCUCCUGGGUUUUACCUGCAGGUCACCAAAGAUGCUCAGCAGGUGAGUAGAGGCAAUGGGGACGCCUCCACAGCACAGAUGCCUGCCGAUCCCAUGCCCCCCCCAGUGGCCCCAAACACCCAACAACCACCCUCUGAGCCACCCAUGGUACCCCAGCCACAGCCUGGGCACCAAGGCCAAGGAGAUGACCCUGCAGCCCCUCUCAGUGGAGCACCACCACCGCAAGGGCAGUACCCAACCCCAAUGCAGGGUCCUGCCACAGGGAAUGCACCCACCCCCUCUGCGGCUUACCCUGGACCUCGGGGACAUGUGCCUCUAGCCAAUCCCCAUCCACCAGGAACCGGGGUUCCUUCAGCCCAGCCAGCCCCUACAGACCCACCGCGACCUCCCUCGUCUCUGGGAAGCCAGCUGGGGUACGGCCCACCUCCCCCAGGGCAGGUGUAUGGGGGAUACUACGGAGGUGCCUACCCGGAGUACCCAGAUGGCAGAGGAUCAUAUCUUCCUGCUCAGUACCCACCCGCACCUGUGGAUCCCAGAGCACAGCAGUAUUAUCAGGAUGACCCAUACAUGAUAGCGGACCCUCGCUAUGGCAGAUAUGAAGGAGCCAACCCGGCCUACCCCCCAUACAGAGAGCCCCAGCCAGAGAGACCCAGCUCCAGAACCAGCCAGUACUCAGACAGACCCUCCUCCAGGCAAGGUUUCCCCCCCGAAGAAUAUCAGAGAGCUAACCGAAGUGCUUAUGAUGACUACUAUGCAGAGUAUUACAAAAACCAGUACGGAGACCGGAGCAGGUGGGAGGGCUACAAUGCUUCAGCAGGCACUUAUGACCCCCGCUACAGAGACUACUACGACCAGAACUAUUGGUACAACUACAACCCUGAGGCCUACCGGGGCAGGGAGGCAGCCUACUACAACCAGCAGCCCUCCCAGCAGUACCCUGCCGCUACCACCAGGCCACAAGGCUAUGACGACAAGUGGCGCUACUAUCCUGGUUACGAUGCCAGUUUUGACGAUGACUACCGGCGGCAGAGGGACCAGUACAAGGACGAUUUUGACCGACGGAGCGUCCACAGCGAACAGUCGGCCCACAGUCUACACAGCUCCCAAAGCCAUCGCAGCCGACGCAGCAGCUUUAGCUCCCGCUCACAACAGAGCGAGGUGUACAGGUCCCAGCCUGACCUGACAGCGGUUUACGACCCCACUGUUUCUACCCUGCCUGUGGACUACUCCUAUGGACAAUACCCAGAACCGAUGGAUCCCGGACAGAGCUUCAGCCAGUACCCCUACACCUCGGGCUACCAGGCAGACAACAGCACCUGGGUCGUCGCUGAGCAGCCUCCUCCUCGUCCCGUUACUCCAGAGAAGUACUCGGUAUCCCACCGCUGUGCCCGCUUCGGCCCAGGUGGUCAGCUGAUCCAGGUCCUGCCCAACCUCCCCUCGGCCGGCCAGCCUGCUCUAGUGGAGAUCCACAACAUGGAGACGAUGCUGCAGGACACACCAGACCAAUCCGAGCUGCGCUCCUUCCCCGGACCGCUUUUGAAGGAGGAGACUCACAAGGUCGACGUGAUAAAGUUCUCCCAGAACAAAGGCCUGGAGUGUGCCCGCAACAACGACCUCCUGGACAAGGACUCGGCUGCCCUCCUCUGGGACUUCAUCGUGCUGCUGUGUAGGCAGAACGGGACCGUGGUUGGGACUGACAUAGCUGAUCUGUUGCUGAAGGAGCAUCGCUCAGUGUGGUUGCCGGGCAAGUCACCUAACGAGGCCAACCUGAUUGACUUCAACAACGAGCCACUGGCGCGGGCCGAGGAGGAGCCUGGGACGGGACCAUUGUCCCUCCUAUCAGACACCUUCAUGACUGUCCCCGAGAACAUAGGCAAGGAAACGGAGCGCUUCAGGGAACUGCUGCUAUUUGGUCGCAAGAAGGAUGCCCUGGAGGCAGCCAUGAAGGGAGCUCUGUGGGGCCACGCCCUGCUGCUGGCCAGUAAGAUGGACAGCCGCACACAUGCUCGCGUCAUGACCAGGUUUGCGAACAGUCUGCCCAUCAACGACCCUCUGCAGACAGUGUACCAACUGAUGUCUGGGAGGAUGCCCGCCUCAGCCACUUGCUGUGGGGAUGAGAAGUGGGGCGACUGGCGCCCCCAUCUGGCCAUGGUGCUAUCCAACCUGACCCACACUUUGGACCUGGACACACGUACCAUCACCACCAUGGGAGACACUCUGGCUUCCAAGGGGCUAACCGAUGCGGCCCACUUCUGUUACCUGAUGGCCCAGGUUGGUUUGGGGGUGUUCACCAAAAAGAGCACCAAGAUGGUUCUAAUCGGCUCAAACCACAGUCUGUCGUUCUUCCAGUUUGCGUCUAACGAAGCGAUCCAGAGGACGGAGGCAUAUGAGUAUGCCCAGUCUCUAGGUUCCCAGCCCUGCUCCCUGCCCAACUUCCAGGUGUUCAAGCUGAUCUAUGCGUGUCGCCUGGCCGAGGCCGGGCUGUGUGCUCAGGCCUUCCAUUACUGUGAGGUUAUCUCCAGGAGCGUGCUCAUGCAGCCGUCCUACCACUCUCCUGUGUUCACCAGUCAGCUGAUGCAGAUGUCUGAGAAGAUGCGAUUCUUCGAUCCACAACUGAAGGAGAAGGCAGAUCAGGAGCUCUUCAACGAGCCAGAGUGGCUGAUUAAUCUGAGACAGCUGGAUGGACAGAUGAGGACUGGAGUGAUUGUAUACAAUGCAGACAGGGCUACUCCUCAGCAGUAUGACUGCAGCACCCCCAAUUCUGAGUUAGACCAGACCAGCCCGCCUGAGCCAUAUGCCCACCCUCUGGACAUGGUUGGCCACACCUCUGACAACCCUCUGAUGACAUCACUCAUGCCCGGACCACCUCAGCAAGGGGUGCAGCUGAUGCCUCCAGCUCCCCCAACUAUCCUCCAGGACGGAAUGGUCUCCCAGCCGCCACACCCCAACGAGGGGGUCCAGUUCUACCCAGUACCCCCCAGUCUCCCUGGACCACCUGGCCAGAUCCCUUUAUCAGGGUUCCCUCCCCAAGGCUCUGGCUUUGUACAACCUUACCAACCCCAGCAGCCCCAACCGGACAAAAAGGACAUGUUUCCUGGAGCCCCGCACCAGCAGAUGGCGCCACCACAGCAUCAGCAACAGAUGAUGCCCCCGCAAAUGCAGCAGCCACAAAAGAUGCCCUCUGACAAUUAUCAGCCGACGGGUCCACCGGAACUACAGCCUCCUCCCAUGUCCACCUCUCCACAGAGGAACACCUUCACGCCUCAGAUGGACUUCUAUGACCAAAUGGCUCACAUGGGCCCAGGAAGAAGAUCCAGGACUACUUCACAGUCCUCAAUGCAAAUGCAGCCUCCAGGUCGCCGCUCCCGCACCAUGUCGGAAUCUUCCACACAUUCCGGAGGACGAGAGAGGAGCAACUCGGCAGCCAAGCAGUCCUCUCCGCCUCCACCCUCCAUCCCUGAGCAGGCCAAGAAGGACUCACCUAAAAAGGGAGGUGGGGGUGGCGGUUGGCUCAACUGGCUCUAUAGGAAGGGGAAGAAUGAAGCCCACCUUCCGGAUGACAAAAACAAAUCUAUUGUCUGGGACGAGAAGAAACAGAAAUGGGUGAACUUGGAUGAGCCAGAGGAGGAGUACAAGCCCCCUCCUCCUCCUCCCUCGGGCUUCCCUAAAAUGCUGGGACCCAUACCGGGACAAGGGGGUCCUGGAGGUCCCCCUACUGGUGGGCCGCCUGUCAACAUGUUCUCCAGGAGAGCAGGUACAAAGAGCCGCUACGUGGAUGUCCUGAACCCAGGUGGACCCCGUGCCAAGCCCGGUGGAUCGGCACCUGCCCCGUCAGACUUCUUUGCCCCGUUGGCUCCCAUGCCCAUGCCAGCCAACCUGUUUGUGCCCGGGGCAGAGGAACAGCAGCCCAUGGUGGGUAAUGUCCCAGAGACAGGAGGGAACCAGGAACAGAGCGACCCUAACCCCAGUGCUGUGCCACAGAUGUUCAACCCAACAUUGUUACCGCCCGGUCCAGUGGGGCCCCCUAUUGCCGCUGGGUCCCCGUCAGGAGAGCUGUCACGUUCUAGCUCAAUGAGUUCUUUAUCACUUGAAUUGAGUCCGCAUAUAAACCAGGUGCCCCCGACUCCGCAGCCUCCUCCCCAGGGAGCUCCACCCUCUGGAGGCGUGACGUUCUAUAACCCCGCCCAGUUUGCACAGGCGAGUACUCCAUCGGGACGGCUUCUGUCUGGGAGGUUGGGCGGUCAGAGGGCAUACCCAGUGCUGAAGUAGAUAUCCAGCCUAGUUCAUCCUAAAACAGACUUUAUGGGUUUAACCACCCCCUGGGAAGCGCAUAGACACCUCAACUCCCCCUCUGAUGGACCCCCCCUUACACCCAAGACGAACACUACCACCAGUACCAUCAUCGUCAAACGACUAUACCACUCUUUCACGAAUUAAAAAAAAAAAGAAAGAAAAUGUGUUAAUUAUUUGCAGGCAAGAUUGUCAUAAAGGGCUUCUUCAUGUGUCAAACUGAGUUAGUUGGUACAAUGGAUCUUAAUGCACAUACUUAGCUUGAUUAUACUGUAUGUAACAACCUACUGUGGAGACAGACAUGCUAGUGUGUUCAGCUCUUAGACAACAUUCCCUCUACACACAUGCUGAGACAAAGGACCGUUCUGGUCCUAUUUUUAUCUAUUACGUGUGUCUUUGGCCCCUUAAGUGUAUUAGUGUGUAAAAGAGCGUAGCACUUCGGGAGCUCAGCUCAAUUGUUUAUACGACUCUUCAGUGUUCCCGUACAGACACUGAAGGUACUGUAGCGCUGAUGUGUGUGGAGUAUCAGUAGUGCAAUGCCUGCUGUGUUCACUCUCCCUCAUUCAGAUGUGCUCAGGUGUGAUGUGGGGUCCAGCAGAGGCAAUAGGAGUGACUGUCACGCCUCGCUACCCUAGGAGUUUAGAAGUUUGAGUGUUGGAAUGUUCAUUUUAGAUAUUUAUAAAAUGUUGCUACCUACCAACACCUCAUUAUCAUGCACAAAGGUCUUAAGUCUCAACUAGGCUUCCUCUCUCCCAACUGAGUUUAGAAGCAGGCCUUUAGAGGAACAAGGAGUGAGCUGGGAUUCAGGGGCCUCAUUUAUAAACCGUGCGUGCAUACAAUAUACCCCAAAAUGUGCAUGCGGCAGUUUCCACAAUCAAGUUGGCAUUUAUAAAAAUGUAAUGUGUUGUGAGAAGGUGCUCAGCUCCCCGUUUAGACCAUGCGUACGCACAUCUACUAGUGGCUGAAAUAUUGUAUUCCAAGCUGGCAAGUAAGUAUUUUGUGCAAAUGGGGGAUAUGAUGAAAAGCUUAUUCAUAAAAAAAACUAAAAACAGGACAACAUAACACAAAUGCAGCCAUUAGUUAGAAGAGCAAAAUUCUUUAUUUAAUCUAAAAUAAACAUUUGAAUCUUUCUAUUUUCAUAACCAUUGCAGAAUAAAUUUCUCACCUUUUUCUAGCCGUAAUAGGUUCAUAUUCCCGAAGUAGCCAUACAACAAAUUGGCAUGUGCAUCUCUCAUUUAAUUGGACCUAGGAGCCUAGUAAAUAGAUAGGCUGUAUUAAAUUGUGCAAUCCCAUAGGCAGUGCGGUUUAUAAUCUAGCCUACAGUCAAAUUUAAAAGGUGAUGUUUCUUUUACAUUGAAGUAGACCUAUGUAUGCUACUGGUAGCCUGCCUUGGACAAUUUUUCAGAAUUCACGGCCAGUCCCAUCAUAUUUAGGUGAAAAGUCGAUGCAAAACAUUGUUGAAUUUAAACGUUCUGCUGACAGGUCCAUAAUUUGCCAUUUUGUUUUCUCUUUCAUAAACUGUAUUGGAACAUUCUGCCAACACAGUAGUUUAUGUGAAAUAUUUGAGUAUAGGUAAGCUAUUGUAUUGCUGUGAGAUAGAAGCACAACAUUGCCAAUUUAAAUCAGACCCUAUACUAAGGCAGGACAUUGUUUCUAUGUAUUGAUAAACAAAAUAUUGAACAAUUUCUAUUUUGCACUUUAGUGUGGGCUGUAGCAUUUAGCCUACUUUUAAAGUGUUUCAAAAUAUAGGCUACAAUCAACCUUGCAGACGUCAAGCACUCGCUAUAUGCAUGUUUAGUUUGAAUAACUUCCAAAACAUUCUGCCCACAGAAAUGUGAUUAAAAUUGCAAUUGCCCAUUUUAGAUACGGCCAUGGCCUACUUCAAAAUUAUACAGCAAAAUAGUGUGUUAUUGUCACCAUAAAAUUUGGAGGUGUUUUCCAGGCAGUUUUAAUGUGCACCAAAUGUAUGAAUCUAAAUAUUUUUGUACUCCCGCUGGAUUUUCAGAAAUGUGUCUCAUGCGGAAAUGUGUGAACAGUUAUAAAUGAGGCCCCAGGACUAUAUCGAGAUGACACCCUAUUUCCUAUAUAGUGCACAACUAGGUGGCUCAGGUCAAAAGUAGUGCAUGCACUUUAUAGGGAAUAGUCAUGGUGUCAUUUGACUACAAUUUUUAAAUGUCAUUAAUCUAUCCAAAUAUUUAUCUGAUCGAUUGUAUUUAUGAGCUGUAGUCAUGAGCAAAAGUGUGGAGAGCAACUAUUGUUUUUGCUGAUUUAGCUUUGAAAUGUCAUUAAUAGAUUAUAUAAUACCUGGAUUCACGUUUGUAACGGCUGCUUCUGCAGAAUAACUAGCCCAUCAUUAAAUACAUCUGUGAAAGGAGCAAAUUUUACUCAAAACUGCCGUUUCCUUUUUGAUUUUGCUAUUGCUUUUGUCAACUUUGUUAUCCAGAAUUCCUUGCUUCCCCUUUGUGUUCUUGACUUUGUUUCUGUAUUGAACACCCAAUCAUUUUUUCCAAAGGUCCCCUUUUGUCUGAGAAAAGCUGUUGAUUUUUCCUGUUUUAGAAUUCAACCCUGUAAAAUGGUAAUAAAGAUAUCUUUGCGCUCUUUA